AUGGCUAGCGACAAGGACGUCGUCACUCAGAAUGAGAACGCCCCCGUGAAGAAGCGCGGCUGCGCCGGCCACUGCAAGCGCUUCUGGUGGGUGUACCUCAUCGUCUCCGUCGUUGUAAUUGUGCUGGUUGUCGUUCUCAUCAUCUUUGUUGGUGUGCCCAAGAUCGCCCAGAAGAAGCUCGACCAGGCCGAGCUUACUAUUGACUCCAUCAUCAUCUCUGACACCCGGCCUACGAAAUACAACAUGGCUGUCAACUCCACCAUCCGCACCGACGGCAAGACUCAUGCCACCAUCUCCGCCUUCACUGGUGUCAUGUACCUUGAGGAUCUCGAGCCUCACACCCCUUUCGCCAGCGUCGAGUUCCCCGAGACUACUUCUGAUGCUCUCCAGGUCGUCAACGUGAGCCAGAUUGUCGAGAUCCCCAACAUGGAGGCCUUCACUACCUUCAACACCUGGCUGCUUGCCAACGAAACCCUCAGGAUGACCAUUGAGGGUGAUACCCACGUCAAGGUCAAGGGCAUCGCCAAGAAGUACGGCGUCACCUUCAAGAAGACUGUCGAGCUCAAGGGCCUCAACGGCUUCCACGGCCUCAAGGUCACCGAUGCCAACAUCAACAUUGCCGCCAAGACCAACAACUUCAACGGCACCGUCGACAUCCCCAACGCCUCUAUCCUUACUAUUGAAAUCGGCAACGCCACCUUUGCUAACAAGCUGGACGGCGAGCAAAUUGGUACCGUUUACAUGAACAACCUCGUUCUCAACCCCGGCAUCAACGAUGUAUUCAUCUCCGCCGACGUUGAGCAGGCCCCCGUCCUUGACGCCAUGACCAGCGGCCCUCACUGCAACGAUGGCAUUAUCCCCUUCGAGAUGGUCGGCCUCGAUGUCACCCGCGACGGCGAGGAGCUCGAGUACUUUGCUGGCGCCCUGAGGGCCCUUACACAGGCUGUUGACAUUCCUCUCACCGAGGCCUUCGCUAGGAACGGCCUUAAGCUUGAUGUCUCAACACCGGUGGAAGUGACUCUGAAGAGGAGGAGUAAACCCUUGGUUACUAUUCGCUAG